UUCCGUCAAUUCUGUGUACCAAAUAGACCCUAACACUAACAAAAGCUGGGGCCUUUGCAUUGUGUUCAGGGAUAUAUGCUAAUGGAAGAAUUUCCGGCUUCUGGAAUUUGAAGAAGCUGGGUUCGCUGAAGCUGCUGCGCUAGAAUGGGGAAUUAGCUUGGCAAACGAGUUUGUUAGUUGAGUAGUAGGUAUUUUUUUUUAGAAAUUGACCUGCAUUUAAAAUGGGGAAUUUUUUUUUGUCAUUGAUGAAUAUUUGUACACAUUUUAGAAAUUGACCUGCAUUUAAAAUGGGGAAGAAAAUGGGUGUGGAGAGAUGGAGACCCGAACCCAUUCAUUCCAUCUUCCCUUUGGAGAGGUUGGAAUUACGCUGCAAGAUGUUGAGGUUUUACUUGGAUUGCCCGUAGAUGACAUUCCAUUGGCGGGGAUCACUGGUCGAUCAAAGGAUCACUGGAUUCAGAUAUGUGAUGACAUGAUGGGAUUUAGACCUGAAGCAUCUGAUAUUACGUCUUCUAUGAUUAAGAUAUCUGCAAUUGUUCCGAAGGCGUUGACAGAUCAUAGUGUAGAUGUUGAUUACCUACAACAUGCCAGAGCUAUUAUGUUUAAGUUGUUGGGUGGCAGCUUAUUUCCCAACACGACGGGAAAUAAAGUUAGUUUGUAUCUGUUGGAGGUGAUCAUGGGUGACUCUGUGGUGGUGCGGGGUCGUGCCAUUGGUGUUGCAGUUCUUAGUUUCUUGUAUCGUAGUAUGUGUCGUGCUACCAUGACACAUGUAGCACAGAUUGGAGGGUGUCUUGUCCUGUUACAGCUUUCGUCAUGGGAACGUCUGCCUAUGACUAGACCUAGGGGCGUUGUACCAUUGGAGCAGCUGGUUAAUGUCCCAUAUGGAGUCAGAUGGGUGUGUUAUCAUCGGUGGUCAGAUUGUACGACACACUCCUUACGAGCAUACAGGGACCAGCUAGAUAGGUUGCUCGAGGGAGAGCUAUCUUGUAUGGUGGAUUGCCAUCAGCGCCUUGAUCGAGGUAGGCACCCGGAUGGUUUUGUACCUUCUCAUGAGGUAGUGCGAGUUCAUGACUUGUUAGAGGAGUGUAUACGUGCUCUUGGACAUACAUCUAUCCUCGAUCAUCCACAGGAGCAGCCAGUCUACAAUCUAGGACAUAUUCGGAGAAGGGCAGAUAGAAGGCGCGAUGCACCUGCUGUAGGGGUUAAGCGUGGCGAGCAGGGUCAGCGCAGCAUCACCAUUAUUCUACACACCAAAAUAAACAAUGUCAGAAGACAAGCGUAUACUUCUUGUAGCUCAUUGGAAUGUGAUGUAAUUCAAGACGGAUUCCAAGGCGUUGAAUCUAUCUACGGAGGGGGUUACACAAAAACACAUUCACUCUUCCUCGUACGUUUCCGUCGGUCCCUCUGCGCUCCACUUCCGUUCGUCGUUCCGCCAGCCAGGGAGAGAGAUGCCGCUGCCGAGCCGCCUGAACGCCGCCGUUGAUGCCCGCCCCUCCUUCCCCGUCGCACAGUAUAUUCGGUCGCAACAGAGAGUGCAGCGGCGAGCAUCCCUCUUUCUAUUUGGUUUCUAAUUCUUCAAUAAUUCGAGAUUGGAUUGGGGGUGUGUUGGGGGGCUGUUUUCCGGCGAUUGGUCGGUGGUGGCUACAGGCGACGUACGAGCAGUUUCCGGCGGGUCCAAUUUGGAACCCAUUUGGUUUGAUUUAGACCCAAUUGGUUUAAUCGGGUCAAUUCGGGUUCAAUUGGAAACGCAAAUGGAUUUCAAUUCGGACCCGUUCGGGGGAAAAAGCGCGUACCGUUCAGGUCAGAUUUUUACAAUACGGAGUAAAUAAGUUUUGUAACCUCCCUAGACCCUUGGUUCGGCUCCUUCAACACCCCCAUCAUUUCCAAUUAAUAGUCUCCUUAAUCCACCAUUAAAACCCCAUCAUUUCCUCUCCCUUCACACCCCAUUUUGUAACCCCCAAGUAUUCACAAUCUCCACUCUCUCUCACUCUCUCAUUUUCGGCCAAGGCAAACAGCAGCUCAGGGAUCUCCGGUGAAGCUCCGGUGGGUGCAAGGUUGAAGGAGAAGAAGAGCUAGGCCUUCGUGCGAAGCGUGGUCGUCGUUUGCCCGUUCGUUAGCACCAUUCGUUCAUCUCGUUCCAUCAAUCCCUUCAUUUAGAGGUGAGUAGUUGUCCCUCUAAUUCUAGAACAUUUAGUUAUAAUCUAUGUCGCUAUAUUCAUAGGAAUAUCGUACGCAACCUACGUAGAAUCUAUGCAUGUUCGUAGGUUAACCAUCAAACAUACGAGAGUCCGUGUAAUCAAGUUACGAACUCGUU